AUCGCAUAAACCCUAAUAAACCCCUUUCACUCUCUCUUCUUUCACGAUUCUUCUCGUUCGAAGCUUUUUGAAGGACAAAAAUGGGAAGCCAACAAGCAGCGGUUUCGUUCCUGACAAAUUUGGCGAAGGCGGCGUUCGGUUUGGGAACGGCGGCGACGGCUCUGAGCACGUCGCUCUACACGGUUGAUGGUGGCGAGAGAGCGGUGCUGUUCGAUCGUUUCAGGGGAGUGUUGGAUCAGACCGUCGGUGAAGGGACUCACUUCCUGAUCCCUUUUCUCCAGAAGCCUCACAUCUUCGACAUCCGCACGAAGCCUCACACUUUCUCCUCCGUCUCUGGUACCAAGGAUCUUCAGAUGGUCAAUCUCACCCUCCGUGUUCUCUCUCGCCCCGAGGUUUCGCGUCUCCCGACCAUUUUCCAAACUUUGGGUCUAGAAUACGACGAGAAGGUUCUUCCCUCGAUUGGAAAUGAGGUUUUGAAGGCUGUGGUUGCUCAAUUCAAUGCUGAUCAGCUCCUCACUGAGCGUCCUCAAGUGUCAGCACUUGUCCGUGACUCUCUGAUCAAGCGUGCCAGGGACUUUAACAUCGAGCUCGACGAUGUGGCCAUCACUCAUUUGUCAUACGGUAUGGAGUUCUCGAGGGCAGUGGAGGCAAAGCAAGUUGCUCAGCAGGAAGCGGAAAGGUCAAAGUUUGUGGUGAUGAAGGCUGAUCAAGAGAGGAGAGCCGCGGUUAUAAGAGCCGAAGGAGAGAGUGAAGCUGCUCAGUUGAUUUCUGAUGCAACAGCUAAAGCUGGAAUGGGACUAAUCGAGCUUAGGAGGAUUGAGGCUUCAAGGGAGGUUGCAGCUACGCUGGCUAGGUCUCCAAACGUGGCUUACUUACCAGGUGGACAAAGCAUGCUCUUUAACCUGAACGCUGGUCGUUGAGCAAGCAUUUGGUGGGGAGAGGAGCUUAAAUGACAAAAAAAAACGAUGGAGUUGUGAAUUCAAUUAAUGCAAUGGUCUUUUCUUUUGAUGAACAAUGUGAAAAGAGAAAUGUUAGGUUAUUUCUGUUCUGAAUCUGAGGUAAAAGUUUGUUUUAUAACAUUGUUUCUUCUCCCUCCAAUGGAUUUGGUUGAAUUGCUUUUGCGGUAAUAAACUCAACAAUUUUACUUUAUUGCC